GCCGUCGUACAGUGCACGGGAACUUUUUCCAGAAAGCAGGAAGCAAUGCUCAGUAUACUGACAGGCAAGUCAGCAGACCGACAAGAAGUCAGGACAUACUUUAAUAGCACCAACAGACGGUAACAUUACCUGUGGCUCCUCUGAAGCCCACUUACUCUCUCCAGAGUGUGAUUAUUCCUGAAUGCACUUUUAGUCUCCUCCAACGCUGGCAGUGAAGACCCUCAGAUGCACUUAUCCCCGGGUUUACUUUUCAACCCUGCAUCUGCCUCAACUCUCUCUCCAAAGCUGUACCCGGAGGAAGGAGACGCACAUGUUUUAUUGACAGAGCUACAGGUGGUUUGAGUUGAGCUGCUGGUGGACUGGGGAGGUUUUUUCCUGUGUGGUGAGCUGUGGAGUCUUCAGAGCCAGGAUGCUGCCUACUUUUGUGGCAUGUUUGGUGUUUGUCCUAGUAGGCUCAGGUAAGGCUCAGGAUGCCACACAGACUCUGGGGCAGAGCCAGAAUCGAGGCCAGGGGCAGGAUGCUUCAGCCACUCCGUGGAGGCAGGUGAUUCAGUGGGAGAACAAUGGACGGGUGUUUAGUUUGCUGAACAGUGGAGCUGAGUAUGUCCCAGCUGGGGCAGGGGCCCAGGACAGAGGUCCCAGGGUGGUAGUGGCAGAUAGUCGUCCACGCUCUUCUCGUAGACCUCAGGGAGGAAAUGUCCGCAGGCAGGCUCCAUCAAGAGGAUCAUCUGAGACUGUCCGUGGACAGGCAAGGCACCCUUUUGGUUUUGGCCAAGUGCCUGAUAACUGGAGACAGACGGCAGGUGGUGCAGGUGGAGGCCAAUUCCAAGGAUCUUCUAGUUCUCGCUUCAGACCAGCCACAGGCUCAUCAUCAUCGUCCUCGUCUUCAUCGUCAUCCUUUGGUUCAUCUUCUUAUAAUAUUCCAUCCUACCAACAAAAUCCAUUUCCACAACAGCCUCCUUUCCAACCGGUGCCUUAUGACCCUAGUUUUGUGGAAGGACCAGUCAGGAGCUAUGAGCCACCUUUUCAGCCUGUAAUUGGCGGAGGAUAUGGCGGUGGAGGAUACGGAGCUGGACAAGGAUACAACGGGGGAGGCUAUGUUGGUGGUUUGCCUCCAGUGCUUCCAGGUUCUCCCUCUGAUUUUACAGACGAUAGCUAUCGCUACUAUCAGUCUUAUGGUUACGGGCCAAAUCCUGUGGUUCCAGCGCGUGCUGCCCAACCACCAUUUGCAGAUGGUCUGGACCACAGAUACACCCACAGUCUCUUCAAUGAGGACUCUGCUCCUGCUGUCCCUGCUGUUCCUGCUGUUCCUGCUGUCCCUGCUGUCCCUGCUCCAGAUCGCAACCAGGGUGCACCUGUGAUAGUGGACAGGACUGGUGCAUCUGGUCAACCACAAGUCAGGAGCCCGCAGUACGAGCAAUUCCCCCCUUAUGGAAGACCCCAGCCUCCCUUUAUUCAGCCCAUUCCUCCAGCCAGAAAUUCUCCAAACUCUGCCAUUGAAAACCCCAGUGUGAAUGUUGGGAGUGUGUACAGACCAGAACAAAGAGGUUUGCCUGACUUGGUUCCUGAUCCCAACUAUGUCCAAGCCUCCACAUAUAUCCAAAGAGCCCAUAUGUAUUCCCUCCGUUGUGCUGCUGAAGAAAAAUGUCUCUCAAGCUCUGCCUAUAGCCCUGAGACCACUGACUAUGAUGUAAGGGUCCUGCUGCGAUUCCCACAGAGGGUGAAGAACAAGGGGACUGCAGACUUCAUGCCUAACAGGCCGCGUCAUACCUGGGAGUGGCACAGCUGUCAUCAACACUACCACAGUAUGGAUGAGUUCAGCCAUUACGAUCUAAUAGAAGUCAGCACUGGGCGUAAAGUUGCAGAGGGACACAAGGCCAGCUUCUGUUUGGAGGACACUACAUGUGACUUUGGACACUUGAAGCGCUACGCCUGCACGGCUCAUACUCAGGGUCUGAGCCCAGGCUGCUACGAUACAUACAAUGCUGAUAUUGACUGCCAGUGGAUCGAUAUCACAGACAUCCAGCCUGGAAACUACAUACUAAAGCUCCAGGUGAAUCCUAAGUUCUUGGUGCUGGAAUCAGACUUCACCAACAACGUGGUCAGGUGUAAUAUCCACUACACAGGACGCUUUGUUACAACAACGAACUGCAAGAUAGCACAGUCUUGAUCAGACACUGGAAGGCUGCCACGCUACAGUGACCCUGAUUGCUAUUCCAUUGAAAUGUGAAUGGAAGCUGUUUCUUGUUAGCUCAUUGUCAGUGUUGUUUGUUUUUUACUAUUUUGUGCUGUCUCGGUUCGCUGGGCCAACAAGGGUUCAACUGGCACUGAAGAAAAAGUGGGGUUUAAAGCCGACACUCACACUCUCACACAUAAUAUAUGUUGCACAUUGAUAUCCAAACCAUGUUACAUUGUCUUGUUGACUACGUUUCUCUCAUUCUAACUCCACCUGUCUGGUUAGGUUACUGUUAACACAUGUCAUUGACUUUUCAAGAUGUUUACUGUAUCUUCCCAAAAAGCAAAAAAGGCCAUGCACACACUUGGCAGAGUGGCUCCGCUUGAAUCAUAAAUAAAGCGUGAAAUGUUGGCGUUGUGUUGAAAUGACUCGUUUCAGACAAGUCAGGGUUCAGCUGCAAUCCAACAACUAAAAUUAAGGGACAAGGCCUUCCCAGGUGCAUUCAUCCACACACAGAUGCCCAGUGACUCAGAAGAACCAAAAUGUGUUACUUUUAGUUUAGUUUUUCUUCACUGCCUCAGCAGGUCAGGCUGGGUUGCUGUGGUUCUCUGGGCACAUCUUGUUUAUUGUUGUGUUAAAUGCAAAAAUAAAAGAAGACAACAGGUCAUAUUUUCAUUUUUUCAACUGCAACAAAUUAUUAAAGCAACGAAGGGACAGGAUGACUGAGUGCUAUACUUUUCUAAAUCCUGCCAUAUUUGUGAUAUUUCUCAUUUUGCCCCCUUUUGUAUUUUGGUAAAUCUUACACAGGAAGCAGAACUAGAUGUAGUGGUGCUUUCCUGAAACAAGACUCACAAUAAGCUGUAUGUUUACAUUUUCCCUGGGCCUUUUAUUUGUUUUGUUUGUUUUUGACUACAACACUGGUCACAUGGUACAUCCAAACCUUUGAAGAAUGUAUAUACGCAUAUUCCACUGAUGCAUGAUUUUAAAGAUGAUUAUUUUGUUGUAACUGAUUGUAUUUUUUUUUUAUCCAGUUGACUGUUACUGUAAUUUGUGAAGCUCAAUGAACAUAGAUAUAAAUAUACAGCAUAUAUUUACUUGAAUUCAAACGAUAAUCUGGAAUCAAAACAGAGUGUGUUGAGAGAGAAAAACAAAGUUAGAAUUAAAAUGCAGAGUUUAAGAAAGCAGUCUUUACCUACCUCUCCAACAAGCUGUAGUUUCCGGUUAGCUGUUUGGUUUCUGGUGCAGGGGUUCAUUGUGGACUCUGUAAUAGCACACAUCUAAAACACACAAAUCUAAAUGAGUUAAAAAAGCACAGGAUGCAGGAUGCAAACAGUUCUAACAUGAUUACAUCAUUGAGAGCUGCUGACACCUAGUGUUACCAGUCUUACUACUGUGUAUCACUCUUUACAUCAAACACCCCAUGAGGACAUACAUGAUCAGUGUAUUUGUUUUAAGAGAAACCAAACAUAGCUCACUGUGACUGGAAAUCCUUGAUUUUUUAAAUCUCUGCAAUACUGAAAACUAAUCUAAUGCCCCAAACUGUCAUGGUGUAACAUUUGCAGGCACCCUUGUCAAAUAAUACGAGUUUGACUGACAAAACUAGGCGCCAAAAAUAUUAUACUUCAUAUAGUUACGCAACAGCUGCCCCAUAUUUUCUCAGCUAGAGAAUAUUUAGCUUUCAUCAGAUAAGUGACCUUUUAUGAAGAUAAUAAUAACAUAAAAUUAGAAUCUGUUACACUGAAUCACAUGCAUACAGAGUAUCUCUGUGCAUGUGGAGCCACUUUAAAUCACACAGUUGCAGGACUGGCAGAACCUUUUACAAAUAGUUUAAGCUAAUUAAUGUAGAGAUAAUUACUCAGUGUUAAACCGCUACUACAGGAAAAUACCAACCCUUUAGAGUAAAACAAAAUGGGAGUUAUGUACCUGAAGGGCUUACCUGAGGGAUUUUACCUUUAAUAUUGUUUGAUGCAAAUGCUGAUGUUGAACGUUUUUGCUGUACAAUAAUCUGGUUUCUAUGUAUUAAUCAAACAAUGACAGCGCAUCAGUUUUUUACUGUACAAUUUUAUUUUUGUAUCUCUGCUUUAAUGCAAGAGUCAGUUUAAUUUUUUACAUAUUGCUUUUAACAAAAAGGCCUAGUCUUUGCCCAUAACUUGAGGGUCCCAUAUAUCACUGUACUGUUCUUUAAAUUGAUUAGUAUUUUAUUUUUUACUUUGGUUGCUCAUUGGUGGCUGUACAGUUUCAGAAAGAAACAUUGUGAUUCUGACGUUCGGGGGAACAGCAGCACAAGAGUAGGUGACACUUAUACAGCAUCUUUGACGUGUGCUGAUGAAAUUUGUAUUUUCUAACAGUGAACACCUGUCAAAAAUGUCAUAUACAAUAAAUACAUUUACACCUCUGC